AUGACACCUCAUCAACGCUUUCGACAGGGCAACACAGUCGUAUCUAUUGCCGUGCGCAAGGACAAGGCCUCUGGGGAAGCCUACAGCCGCAUAACGGAUACCCACAAAUUCUUCCCUGGCGCCUCGCUGUUCAGCGUCAACGGUGUCUUUCUGAAUUACCUCGAAGAUGAGGAAGAGCAGGAGUAUGAACCAAAGAGGAUUGCCCACUAUCCAGACCAUGUCAUCGACGUUGUUGUCCCCGGCUCUCUCAAUGCUUCCACAGCUUCCUCUGUCAACCUCUCUGGAAGGACCAUGGCGCAGACUGGAAGCAGAAAUUCAAGCCACCCAACUCAAUUGCUCACAAAUGAUGGCAUGGAACUCUCUGUCUCUGUGUCGAAUCUCUCUCUACGACCUUAUUCCGUCCACACAAGCACCCUCGCUCGGCCCGCCACUUACUCCCUUGAGCGCUCUGCACCUUUAUCGCUCUCAACUUCCACCGCCGUUGCACGCCAGACUAUCUCCACUACUCGUUCCAUGACAACACUCUCAGCAAUCGCCUCAAACAUUACUCACAUCCAACAACAACUCACCCAGUCGACUGACCAACAAUCAAACCAUCACCAAACACUAUUGCAACAGCUCUUUUACAUGGUACAGCAGCAAAACGAAAUGCUGAAGGAGCAAGCUGCAUCAAAGGAGAGGGAGGAGCAGAUGUUGAGGGAGCAGGCCGAGUCCAAACUAAGGGACGAGAAACUGUUGAGGAUGCAGCAGGAGACGAUUGACCGACUCAUUGUGGCCCAGCAGAGGAUCGAGGCUAUCUUGGUCCAGAACUAUGAACUCCACGAGUAUCCGAUCCCGAGACUGUUCGUCAUUCUUCCAGACUCGUACGAGAAAUGGGACCCUCGGAACAUUAUGGCAGAGAGAUUUCGACUGUUCUUCUUGUGCGAGUGCGGCGACCAUUGCAACCCAAGCGUCGGAUCAACGACCUCAUCUGGCCAACUCACCAUCACCGCUACUGCCUCCUCCACACCCGUCCCUGUCAGAGGGAGUGUCCACUUGGCCAAGCAUGAGGGGUAUGAGCUUUCUCGUCCCAAGGAGUUCUUUGAUCGCUAUGGCCCCUACGUCCUUGGCAUGCUCCGGAUGCUCAAGCACUGUCUGGCUGUUGCAACGGUGGCGGCCCCUGCUAUUGCGCUGGUGGAGAGUGGUGUCAAGGAUGUCAUGGACGGAGUCAAGUCGAUCUCAGAGAGAACGAUUAUGGCGGUAGAUAUGUCGAUCAACUUUCUGGAGCAGAAACUGGACGAGAACGUGACAGGCGAUGGAAUCUCCAAAACAAUGGCAGCAUCGCAGGAGGAGGAGGACAUGUUCAGCGGUCUUACAGCACUGGAGGGUGCCGAUCUGCGGCGACUGGACUCUUUCCUGAGGAAGAAGGAUGCGGACAAAAUCCUGGGCAAUCUGUACAGGAUCACCCUCGAGACAGGUCAUGUCAAAUGGGUGUGCCUUCACCAUUACCGUCAAGUGUACCGCGAGACAGCGAUGGCAUCGUUCCUCCAGUGCGUCGAAACCAACGGUGGCACGUAUGAUCCCCAGUUUGGCAAGGUCACCAUCACCCUCAAAUCUAGCACCGCCACCAAAGAUUUCUUCUCUCGACUCUCCACACAGGCACCGGCGGUCACUGGUCUCAGGGUCAUGUUGGAUUGGUCGUUUGGGUCGACGGAUCUGGUUAUGCUGGUGGACAAGAUCGCUCAGUCAAAUAUUCAGGAAUUGGAGCUGAACCUUAUGGAAUUGGAUGAUCCCUCUCUGUUGGGUUCCCUUUUUCGACCUGGGAAGGGAAGGUACCACUCGCUCCUUGGGCUCUUGUCCAAUGACAGGAUCAGGCGCCUGGCCUUUGUCGAUGUAGAUCUCAUCGGACCGCGGACGUCGAGCUUGCCCAAGACCCACCGUCCCUCGCUCCUCCAAAGCUUCCACUACUCGGGAUAUGUCAGUAACUUUGACGACUCUCGCCUGGCUGAGAUCAUUUCUCUAUGCCCCGGUCUUGCCGAUGUAAGACUGGGAAGUGUCGUAUACCAUAGUAAUGGCAUUCCCAAAGUCGACCGAGCUCUGGGUUCGCUCUCCAAGAUGAAGAUCCUGCAUCGAUGUCGCCUAUAUGAUGAUUUCGAAGUAGAAAUCAAGGAUACCACAGCUCCGUAUGGCGCAAUUGCUUUGAGGGAGCUCACGGAUAUCGGCAUGCCAUACCCCACUGGCCCUGCUGGUCUACUUGAGGCCGCCAUCCAGCGAUCGGCCGCGACAUUGGAGGUACUUAUACUCUAUUCCAAGUCCACUAGCCAAGUUGUGGACCUGGCUCAGAUUUGCGACAUAUCCUCGUCCACAACACUCGUCAAUGGUCUCCCAUUCGUGAGACUGACGCACCUCGAACUCCUUGUCUACAUGACAACUGAUUCCCUCGACUUGAUGGCCCACCUACUACCAAGUUUGUCUUUGGUCCACCUUGGUGUUAGUUGGUUCACCUGCAGUCUCCUCUCUGAAGUCAGCCUGGUCUCUUUGCGGUCCCUUCGUGCGCAAUAUGUUGAGAACUCCUUCCUCGACCCCUUUUACCACCGUGUCCUCUCGUCGUCCAUGCCUUGCCAGAUCCAAAACCUAUGGUUCUAUGGGAUUGCGACAUCACAAGGGCUGGCGAACAUUCUUGCUGAUCUGCCUUUGAGACGACUGCAUCUUCAGGAUCCAAAGGACGACAAUAUACUCGAGAUGGUUCUGCCUCGCUUGGACCUCUCUCAACUCCAAGUUCUCAUAAUCGACUACCACAAGUUCGGUCCAGAAAUGGAGGCGGUUCUUGCUGCAAGAAGUACAGAGUUCACAGAUGGGUUUGUGCUUCAGCUGGAUCAUAAAGGCAAGAUGGAGAAGAGCGAGGCUCAGAAAUUGAACGCAAGGGAGUCGCAAGGGUCGAUGACAAAGCUGCCCCGCCAUCGUAUUCGUGUGGUUGACAAUUGCACCUGGCUUGUGCUCCUCUACAUCCUCCGUCUCAUCCAUUAUCCCCUCCACAUCCAGCAAACAGCCCAAGCCAGGAGCCGAUACGGUCUCGACAAGAUUCCUCAUUACCGCGCCCACACCUCCCAACUAUCAACCUCGUCCAUCCUCAACCUCGUCGACUUCCGAUCCCCCCUACCAGAAUGA